AUGCAUAGGAACAAUGGCGCGUCUGCAUGUGCAUCAUGCAAGCAUCAGAGGAAGAAGUGCAGCGACGAGUGUGUGUUGGCACCCCAUUUUCCUGCAGAAAAGAAUCAGGAUUUCCAAGCUGUGCACAAAGUGUUCGGUGUGAGCAACGUGACGAAGAUAAUCAGAAGUCUCAACAAUGAAGGAGAUAGGAAAAGAGCCAUUGAUUCAGUGGUUUGGGAAGCUCUUUGUUGGCAAAGAGACCCGGUGUUGGGUCCUUAUGGGGAGUAUAUGAGAGUGUGUCAUGAGCUCAUGUUCUACAAAACUACCCAAAACCAAAUUCAAGGACCAACACAAACUAAUAUGCUGUACAAAUCAGUACCCAAUUUGGUUAGAUGGAAUAGUUCUAACAAUGGGACUUGUAAUACUAACAAUAACAAUGCAUUGAAUUACAGUUCUAUGGUAGAUUCAAGCAAUAAUUACCCUUUGCAUGCCAUGCAUGCUACAGACAAAGUACUUCGACAAGAAAGAGAUGUAGGUUCUGUUGUCGUUGUGCCUCAGCAGCAUCCCAUCAUCAGUGGUUUUAACCAGCAGUACUAUGUUCCAGGUCAAUGUGGUUCAGUUGAUGCAAAGUCUGUAGAGAGCACAUUAUGGGAAGGAGGCUCUUGA